GACAACUGCCCGAGCUCAAAGUGGAACGUCAUGUGUCGCCCCUGUUGUGAGUACGACUUGAUCCAGUGUCGGUGCCCCUCAAAAGGGUCGAAGGUUGGCUACACUGUUCCCUGUUGCCGAAAUGCUCUGGAUCAGUGUGACCCUUGUAUCAUUCACCCAGGCUGCAGUCUCUUUGAGAAUUGUAAAACCUGUCACAAUGGAACAUGGAAAGCCAAUGAUGAUUUCUUUGUCAAUGGAAAGUAUUGUACAGAGUGUCGCCAAGGCUGGAGUGGAGGAGACUGUAAAACCUGUGGUGGUGUCAUUCAUCGGACUCAGGGUCACAUAGUCCUGGAGAGUUACCCAACAAAUGCCCAAUGUGAAUGGAGAGUGCACAUGGAGAGGGGCACCAGUGUUGAGUUGAGGUUUUCAAAGAUGAGUCUGGAGUCUGACCAUAACUGUCGUUAUGACUACGUAGAAGUGCGUGACGGUGACGAUCUCAGCUCCCCUGUGAUUGGACGGUUUUGUGGGGAUCAGCUGCCUCCUCCAGUUAAAAGCUCCAGGAACAUGUUACACAUCCUGUUUACCUCAGAUGGCUACAACAACUUUGAUGGCUUUGUUCUGACUUUUCAGGAGAGUUCAGCCGUCAAGAAUCCAUCAUGUGCACCCCCAGAGACACCUGUGAAUGGAUAUUUGCUGCCUGCAUCUGGCCUGAAGGAGGGGAUUGUAUAUAACUACCAGUGUCAUCCACCUUACACACUAAUCGGCUCCCAGCAGAGGACCUGUAUGCCCAAUGGUACAUGGAGUGGCACACCUCCCACAUGUGUAAAAGUCCAAACAAACAUGGUCCAGUGUUCCCCUCCACCCAAAUUGCUCAAUGGCUACUAUGAACCUGCUCCUGACACGGCUGGAGGUGCUCAGACAGUUGAGUUUUUCUGUAAAAAGUCCUACGUUCUGAGUGGAAACCAUGAGAGUACCUGCCUCUCUAAUGGAUCCUGGAGUCACAGACCACCCAAGUGUGUGAGAGCCUGUCGAGAGCCCAAAGUGUCUGUGCUUGUGCGAAAAAGUGUUGUAAAGCCACACAUUAUAUCCAGAGAUAAUGUAAACCAAAGGCUUCGUCUCUCAUCCAGGUAUACCAUGCAUGACUUGUUGUCCAGUGGCUUUACUCCACUCAGCUUGGAUAGAAAGAUCAAAAAUAGCGACAUUGCUGUAGAAGAACUUCCUCGUGGCUUUCACACAGUCUACACAAGCAUCGAAUACGAGUGUGCCUCACCUCUCUACCACCACACCGGAAGCUCCCAACGUACCUGUCUGAAGACUGGCAAGUGGAGUGGGCGCCAUGUCUCCUGUUCACCAGUGUGUGGGAAAUUUGACACUUUCAGCACACACAACCUCACAGACACUCAGUGGCCAUGGCAUGCAGCCAUCUAUAUCCGCUCCCCUCCUGAUCGCACCGCCAGCAGCAACAAGCCCCCUGUAAUGACGAUGUCGGACCAGCAGGGGCCCUCAGAAGAGUCCACAUUCUGGCACCUGGCCUGCAGCGGGGCUCUGCUCAGCCAGCGUGUCGUCCUGGUGGCGGCUCACUGUGUGGUUGGGAAGGACAAACAGCAGCCGCUUCACUCAGCUCAUGUGAAGGUUGUUGUAGGCAGGCAGUACCAGACAUCCAACGAUUGGAUGAAAAGCCUGCAUCAUAUCAAGGUUUCAAACAUUGUGGUGCAUCCAGAUUUUUACACUUCACAAGACUCUGAUUUGGCUGUGCUCAAGCUUAAGGACAAAGCCAAGAUCAGUGAGAGUGUAUUGCCAGUGUGUUUACCUGAAAUACAAGGAGGUGAGGUGACCUCUCAGGAGGCUUUUACUGUGAGGUGGAUGUCACCAAAUGAUCAGAGGAGUUUAAGCCGCUACACUCCCUUAAGCCAGACGAAACUUGUUGAGUUUGGUGAUAUUGCUCAAUGCGAAAGAGAAUUUGCUCAAGGAGGUGCACAUUCCACAGUGCUCAGUCACAAUACACUGUGUGUCAUUGGCAAACCGUCCAGUCUUCAAAGCCCUUGUCCCAGUGUUAUCCCAGGCAUUGCAACCACACCAGUUGCAUUUUCAUCCACAAGUGGAAUCCUGUCUGGUCAUGAGGAGACUCCGAGGGUUGCAAAGGGGGAGGUGCAAGAAUCUCUAUACCUUACAGAGGGAGAGGAGAAGGAGGACCCUGCUGCAACACCUGAGUGA